AUGGCGCGUGGAAGCAGGAUUAGUGCGGAUGGAGAGGCCGCAACUGUCGGGACCGAUGCAAUACCCCAUGAAGACCCCCAGGCUUAUAACUCGGAGGAAGACUCGGACUUUGAUGAGCAAGCGGCAGCUCAGGACGCGGUAGAGAGCGCAUCGGAAGAUGAAGGGGAACGGGAAGAUGUGGACGGAGAGAGACCAAGGAAGAAGAGGCGACUAUCUCUCGAACUUACCGGACCGGAUGCAGGCAGUGAUGAGGAGUUUGCGGAACCAGAGCUGGAGUCUGGAGACGAAGCUAUGAUACGACAUGCGAAGGAGAAGAAGGAGAAUAGGCGGAGGCAGAAAGCUGGUGGCAGUGGUGCUGCGAACGGUACAGCAGGCAGUGAUAGCGAUGACAUUGACAUCGAUGACGAUGACGAGGGGGGCGAGGGAGGAUUCGUUCGGACUCGGAGGAUGCGGAUGCAAGUACAAGAAGAGAAGAAAGCUCUGGCAAAGACUGACGGUGCUACCAUUGACGUGGAUUCAAUAUGGCAGCAGAUGAACCAGCCUCAGGCGCAAACAGCGGCGGAUGAGACGAAAUCCUCAGAUGCAGAUACAGGCGCGACAAAGGCGCAGACUGCAUCCUCUAAGCUCCCGCAGGAGGAGAUGAUAACUAUACGACGAACAUACAAGUUUGCUGGAGAAAUGAUAACCGAGGAGAAAGUUGUCUCCAAGGACUCUGCUGAGGCGAAGCUCUACCUCUCCACGUUGAAUGCAGCUAAGAAGAAGAAGGCCAAGGGAACAGAAGGAGAAGCGGAUACAGAAACAGAUAUAGACUCAAAGGCAGAUUCGGCUGGCGAGACAAAAAGGCCGCUUCGACGACCACUCCGACGAUUCUCACGCUUCGACCCUAACCCGCCGGACGCCAUCAAGAAGAGCUGGGAGAAACACGCAGCCGUCGAGGCACCUGGCGAGGCGGAGAACACGGCCAAGGGCCCCAAGCUGAACACUGUGAUGAAAUCGAAGCUUGACUGGGCCGCGUACGUCGACCGGGAGGGCAUCAAGGACGACCUGGACGUGCACAGCAAAGCGAAGGAGGGUUACAUGGACCGCAUGGACUUCCUGGGCCGGGUGGACGCAAAGCGGGAGGAAGGACGGCGGAAUGCGAGACUGAAGAAUGCUGGCUACUGA